AAGGAUACAGAGGAUCUGAACUCGACGACCAUCUAAUCUGCUGAUGUAUAAACAGGUGGGAAAGUCGGAAAAAGCAGUGCUAGGGUUUUGCUUACCGUAGCUAGUGAUGGCGUCAACCGAUCCCGCGACCGCCUCCCAACCACCUCCGCUGACCGCCGAUGGAGUCGCCGACGAGUUGGCCGGGACGACCCUCAGCAAGAAGCAGGCCAAGAAGCUGGCCAAGAAGGAGGCCAAGGAGGAUCGCAAGCAGCAGUCUUCCGCGUCGACAGCCGCCGGUCGGGAUAAUCUCGCGGAGGCUGAUCCAUUCGCCACCAAUUACGGCGACGUCCUGGUCGAGGAGAUCCAAUCCAAGGCCAUCAGCGGCCGGGAGUGGACUGAGAUCAGCGCGCUGGAGACCCAGCACUCUGGCCAGUCGGUGCUCAUCCGGGGAGUCGCCCAGACGAUUAGGCCGGUGAGCAAGAAAAUGGCUUUUCUUGUCCUGAGGCAGUACAUGAGCACAGUCCAGUGCGUGCUCUCUGUCGAUAAGGAGUCUGUGAGCCCUCAAAUGGUGAAAUUUGCCACAGCGCUCAGCAAGGAAUCAAUUGUAGACAUUCAGGGGAUAGUUUCAGUUCCCAAAGAUCCAAUAAAGGGAACGACCCAGCAAGUGGAAGUUCAAAUUAAAAAAUUAUAUUGUGUCAACAGAUCUGUGCCUAAUCUUCCUAUUAAUAUUGAAGAUGCAGCACGGAGCGAGAAAGAAAUUGAAAAGGCAGAACAGACUGGAGAGCAAUUUGUUCGUGUUGGUCAAGAUACACGUUUGAAUUACAGAGUUCUUGACAUACGGACUCCUGCAAACCAGGCAAUUUUUCGCAUUCAGUGUCAUGUGGAGGAUGUGUUUAGGCGAUUUCUGCGAUCUGAGGGAUUUGUUGGAAUACAUACUCCAAAGUUGAUAGCUGGUUCUAGUGAAGGUGGUGCAGCUGUAUUCAAGCUUGACUACAAGGGGCAACCUGCAUGCUUAGCACAAUCACCUCAGCUGUACAAACAAAUGGCAAUUUGUGGGGGCUUUGGACGUGUAUUUGAAGUUGGAUCUGUUUUUAGAGCUGAAGAUUCAUACACUCACAGACAUUUAUGUGAAUUUGUUGGGCUUGAUGUUGAAAUGGAAAUUAAAGAGCACUAUUUUGAGGUUUGUGAUAUUGUGGAUCAUUUGUUUGUCGCAAUGUUUGAUGACCUGAAUGAGAACUGCAAAACUGAACUUGAUGGCAUCAAUAAGCAAUACCCUUUUGAACCUCUGAAGUACCUGAGAAAGACUCUGAGACUUAAUUUCCAGGAAGGCAUUCAAAUGCUUAAGGAGGCUGGAGUAGAAGUUGAUCCUCUAGGUGACCUGAACACAGAGGCUGAGAGGAAAUUGGGCCGGCUUGUUCGUGAAAAGUAUGACACUGAUUUCUACAUCCUAUGCCGGUAUCCUUUGGCUGUAAGACCAUUCUACACUAUGCCCUGCUACGAUGAUCCAGCAUACAGUAACUCGUUUGAUGUUUUCAUUCGAGGUGAGGAAAUAAUCUCAGGGGCUCAAAGAGUACACCUCCCAGAACUGUUGACCACCCGUGCAGAGGCAUGCGGAAUCGAAGUAAAAACAAUAUCAUCAUACAUUGACUCCUUCCGGUAUGGUGCUCCUCCUCAUGGUGGAUUCGGCGUCGGCUUGGAGCGUGUGGUUAUGCUGUUCUGCGCCCUCAAUAAUAUCCGGAAAACAUCCCUCUUCCCCCGCGAUCCUCAGAGGCUGGUUCCAUGAGAAGAAAUUCUAACCCAAUAACUUGCUUCUAUCAUUUGGCCAAUUUCAAGAACAUUCUUCAGGCCCCUUUUUUUUUGUCACUCAAUCACUAUAUUGAAUAACUUUUCAAUUCAUACAAGUUAGUUUUUUUGUUUUGUUUUUGUUUAAAUUAAACAGCUAUGCAAUCUUAUGUACAAGUUUCAUUGCCCAUGGGAGAUUUUUGUUU